UCCGUCCCGGGGCGGGGGCGGGGCCUGUCUGGCGACGUCACUUCCGGUGUACACAGCCGGUCCGGGCGGUGCGCGAGGGGCCGGGGCGCGUCGCAGGAAAUGACUUAGAGGCCUUAUAAAUACAUCCGUGCAUUAUGCUUCAGAUUUUACAAUUGAAGGCCAACCCAGUCUGGAAGCAUCUCUUAUUAAUAUUACAAGGAAACCGCUACCUCAGCAAACAAAAAGAAAGAAAGACUUAUAAUAACGAAUGCCAUUUUUAAAGAAAACUUAUCUUCAGAAAACAUUACAGGAAAUUUGGAAAUUUUUAGCCUUGAGGAGAAGCUUUACAGGUAAAUGAUUUGACAGGCAGGCUCUGUCAAAAUUCUGCAGAGAUUUGAUCUCCCUUCUUAAGGACUUCGUGUGGAAUAACCCUGUAUUGCUUUUUAAAUUGCUGUUGAACAGCUUGUUGGUUUUUGGGUUCUAACUUUUGGUGUAUUAAAGAUACAUUAUAUUACAUUUUUAAAAGUUAUUUUUCUGCCGUUGUAAAUACAAGUAUCAAAAUAUUCUUGCAGAGCAACUAAAGUAAACAUUUUUCUCAACAAGAGAGUGGAAUGCUAAACAAUUCUUAUACAGCAUUUUGGGCACACUUUCAUUUUUUGGUCAGAGAUCCUGUCUACACUGAAAAUAGUAAUUAUAUAAACCUAUUGUUCUUUUCACCUCUAUGUUUGAUCACAUGGUCACCUGCCUCAUGGAAAUGCCUUUUUUAAAACUUCAAUUUGCAGAACUCCACUAUUUUUAUACCUAGUACAGUUUUGGAAGAAACGAAUCAGAGCUCUGACCUGCGCACAGUCCCUGGGACAGAACCCCCGCAUGUAUUGCUGUAGUGCCCAGGACAGUAAAAUGGACUACAAGCGGCGCUUCCUGCUUGGCGGGUCCAAGCAGAAAGUGCAGCAGCACCAGCAGUACCCGAUGCCGGAGCUGGGCCGAGCACUGAGUGCCCCCCUGGCAUCAACGGCCACCUCUGCCCCACUGGGCAGUCUGACUGCUGCAGGCAGCUGCCACCAUGCCAUGCCCCACUCCACUCCCAUCGCCGACAUCCAGCAGGGCAUCUCUAAGUACCUGGAUGCCCUCAACGUCUUCUGCCGUGCCAGUACUUUCCUCACAGAUCUGUUCAGCACUGUAUUCAGGAACUCUCACUAUUCGAAGGCGGCCAUGCAGCUCAAAGAUGUGCAGGAGCAUGUCAUGGAAGCAGCCAGCCGGCUGACUUCAGCCAUAAAGCCUGAGAUUGCCAAGAUGCUGAUGGAACUUAGUGCUGGGGCGGCAAACUUUACAGAUCAGAAGGAAUUCAGUCUCCAGGACAUUGAGGUAUUGGGGCGGUGCUUCUUGACAGUGGUGCAAGUCCAUUUCCAGUUUUUGACUCACGCAUUACAGAAAGUCCAGCCGGUGGCUCACUCUUGCUUUGCUGAGGCGGUUGUACCAGAGAAGAAGAACAGCAGUGGUGGUGGCAGCUUAGCUGGCAUGGGCCACACGCCCGAACUAGAGGAAGCUGUGCGUUCCUGGCGGGGAGCUGCUGAGGCAACAUCUAGACUAAGAGAAAGAGGCUGUGAUGGCUGCCUGGCAGGAAUUGAAGUUCAGCAGCUCUUCUGCUCUCAAAGUGCAGCAAUUCCUGAGCACCAGCUAAAAGAACUGAACGUAAAAAUCGAUAGUGCUUUGCAAGCAUAUAAGAUAGCUCUGGAAAGUUUGGGCCACUGUGAAUAUGCAAUGAAGGCUGGCUUCCACCUGAAUCCAAAGGCGAUUGAAGCAAGUUUGCAGGGCUGCUGCAGCGAGGCGGAAGCCCAGCAGACAGGGCGGAGGCAGACACCCCCGCAGCCCAUGCAGUGUGAGCUUCCCACCGUCCCUGUGCAGAUAGGAUCGCACUUCCUGAAGGGUGUCUCCUUUAACGAGUCCGCCGCCGACAAUCUGAAACUUAAGACGGUAGCUUUCCAUGGAGUUCUAGCAACCAAGCAUAAACGUGGAAAUAGAGUUCUUAAGGGGAAGUUAAGGACUUGUGAAGAAUAUAGGUUUAAAAAACAAGAUAGAGCUGGGUGCAGUGGUGAUCCCUAUAAUACCAGCUCCUUGGAAGGCGUGGUGGUUGACACAGCACAGAUUGAAAAUAAAGAAGCCUACGCCCCCCAAAUCAGUUUAGAAGGCACCAGAAUUGUGGUUCAAGUCCCAUCCACAUGGUGCCUGAAGGAAGACCCUGCCACCAUGUCCCUGCUGCAGAGAAGCCUGGAUCCUGAGAAGACCUUGGGGCUGGUGGAUGUGCUCUACACAGCUGUGCUGGACCUAAACCGCUGGAGGGCAGGGAGGGAACAAGCUUUACCUUGUAUACAGAUCCAGCUUCAAAGAGAGAUUUGUGACUUUGGGAAUCAGGCUGACCUGCCUGCUGGAAAUGGAAACAAAUCUUCAGGUGGCCUCCAGAAGACGUUCUCCAAACUGACAUCCCGGUUCACCAAGAAAGCAUCAUGUACCAGCUCUAGCAGCAGCACAAGUUAUUCCAUCCCAAAUACCCCUUCCAAAAAUGUCUUCAUAGCUGGGUGUUCAGAAGAGAAGGCCAAAAUGCCUGGUAAUAUUGAUACACGGUUACAAAGUAUUUUGAACAUUGGUAAUUUCCCUAGGACUACAGAUCCUUCACAGUCAGCUCAGAAUUCCAACAAUCCCAUGGCCAAUGGUUUUCUCCUGGAGAGGCGUGAGAACUUCCUGCAUGGUGAUGACGGCAAGGAUGAGAAGGGUAUGAACUUACCGACUGAUCAGGAAAUGCAGGAGGUGAUAGAUUUUCUCUCAGGCUUUAACAUGGGCCAGUCGCAUCAGGGCUCCCCAUUGGUGACAAGACGCAAUUCUGCUGCUACAGCCAUGGUGACUGAGCAGAAGGCAGGAGCCAUGCAGCCGCAGCAGCCAUCACUGCCAAUGCCUCCUCCAGCACGGCCAACACAAGCUGGAACACACACAACUCUGACACCCCAGCCGGGUCUUGCACCUCAGCAACAGUCCCCAAAGCAACAACAGCCCCAGGUCCAAUACUACCAACACCUGCUGCAACCUAUUGGGCCACAGCAGCCCCCACCUCAGCCUCAGGCACCUGGAAAAUGGGUACAUGGCUCAGCCCAGCAGCCAGCACAGCCCAUGGGACCAGGUCUGUCUCCUCUGGCUCAGUGGCCUGGCAUAACUGAUCUUAGUUCUGACUUGUACAGCUUGGGUCUAGUGAGCAGCUAUAUGGAUAAUGUGAUGUCUGAGGUUUUGGGACAAAAGCCACAGGGACCUAGAAAUAACACCUGGCCAAACCGUGACCAAAGUGAUGGAGUCUUUGGAAUGUUGGGAGAGAUUCUGCCUUUUGAUCCUGCAGUGGGCUCAGACCCGGAAUUUGCACGCUACGUGGCGGGUGUGAGCCAGGCCAUGCAGCAGAAGCGGCAAGCCCAGCACGGUCGCCGCCCUGGCAACCCCCGGGGAAACUGGCCGCCCAUGGACGAUGCCCACCGGACCUGGCCUUUCCCAGAGUUCUUCACAGAAGGGGACAGCCUGCACAGUGGCUGGUCAGGCGCUCAGGGAGACUCAGCCAGCUCCAGUGAUGAGACGUCUUCAGCCAACGGAGACAGCUUGUUCUCCAUGUUUUCAGGGCCUGACCUCGUUGCUGCUGUCAAGCAGAGAAGAAAACACAGCAGUGGAGAGCAAGAGACCAGCACGCUGCCCUCACCACCUCUCCUUACUACAGUGGAGGACAUGAACCAGGAUAACAAAACCAAAACAUGGCCACCCAAAGCACCCUGGCAGCACCCUUCUCCGCUCCCCAGCACACUGCCCAGCCCAAGCGCACCACUCUAUGCAGUCGCCAGCCCUGGCAGCCAGUGGAACGACACCAUGCAGAUGCUGCAGUCCCCUGUGUGGGCUGCGACCAACGACUGCAAUGCCGCCUCCUUCACUUACGUGCAGACUCCGCCGCAGCCCCCACCCCCACCAGCACACAAGGCGGCACCCAAGGGCUUCAAGGCCUUCCCCGGGAAGGCUGAGCGCAGGCCAGCCUACUUGCCCCAGUACUGAUGCAGGGCCAGCCUGCCUGCCUGCCUGCCCAGAGCGGUGGGGGCCGGUGUCCCUGCCCCCUUGCUGACUAGCUGAUACCAGCCCCCAAGAGGACCAGUGCACCCUGUCCCAAGGAGGGUUCCUUGGCAACAGGGGUAGUCGGCAGCUCCUAGCCUUUAUAGCCUGGUUUCUCAAACUUCGAAGGCAGCAAACCCCUGGAGAACCAGCUGAAAAUGGAGAUUUCUGACACUUAGGGGGCUACUGGAUAAUCUGCAUGUUUAACUAAGCACCUCAGGUGAUUCUGAUGCAGGUGGCCAGAGGCCACACUUUGAGAAACACAGUUCUAAGGUUGCUAAUCCUGCCGUGUGUUGGGAAGGUGUCAGGCCUGAAGGCUGAGAGCAAAACUGACCAUUCUUCUGAAAGCUUCUCCUUUCCCUCCUUAACACAUUGAGUGGUGACCACACCAAUCACUGAUUUCAUAGCUAUUGUUCAUGUAGGUUUUUAGUUAAAACAUCUGCGUAGAAUGCAUUGAAUAUUUUAAGAUAACAGAUACACAGGCUGGGGAUUUACUCAACACUAUAUUUAAACUUACACGAAAUGGGCGAGGUAGAGAAUAUUGCAGUCAGAAGCAAUCCGCUGGGUAUUCUGUGAGUGGGCAACCUCUUUCACCCAAGAAGCAUCUGGGGGAUGUAGCCACUACCAGAUGUACAAAAGCAGGAUUGUGAAACUGAUUCCGGAGCUCUGUUCCUGGUGGUGCAUGGAGAGGAGCCAGCUGGCUGAGGUCUGGGGCAGACCUGCACCUGCUGCCCUCAGACCUUGCCACAUGGCCAGAGCACUGAGCAGUCCUCGGGAUGGCGACGGUGGCUGCCGGGCUGCACCGAGAUACCUGCACUUGAAACUGCAGUGACAUUUGUGAGCUGGCUCAGAAGACAAACCAAUUAAGAUGUAGACAAGAAUUAAAGUCUUUUCUUUAGGAAGGGAAAAAAACACCUCAUUUUCAGUUAACAUGUGCCAUUAAGUAGAUAACAUCUUGUGGAUUUAGGGAUAUUUCCCAGCCAGAAUGGAUCCAGAAUUGAAUGGUGCUUAAAUUGAGAAAUAAUAAAUAUAUCUAUAUAGACUAGACAUAUCCCACUGUACAAUUGAGGUUGCAGAAAGUUCUUUAUAUAAAACUUAUUUAAAUUUUUCAUAUUUCAUCUUUGAAAAAGUCUAAUUAAAAAAUCCAUGAUAUUUUCUGGUAUGAAAGUUUGACAGUAUUAAUAUUUUUUUUAUAUUUUCUUAAAUCAUUAAACCAUUUUAAUAUAUGUUAACUACUAAUAAAUGGUUUAUUCUUUCUAACUCCAUAUAAACUUUUCCAGCAAAGAUUGUAAUAACACAUUUAUGUUCUCAUUUUUCUACAGAUAUAAGUAAAUUUAUAUUUAAAAAUACCAAAAAGAAUAUAUAUAUAUACAUAUAUAUGUAUGUAUGUACACAUACCAUACACACACACACAAAUUAUAGAGGACCCUUAGGUUAUCUGAGCCCAGCCACCUGCAUUUUUAGUACUGUGUUGUCAGGCUGUUUCCAGGCCUCGGGUGUUGUCUUUUGUGCUGUGUGGGGGAUGUCACUGCUGCCUGUACUUAAUGAUCCUUUCCCCAUGGUUCUGAACAUUCACCUCACUGUGUUUACAGAAAACUAUGUGUACAUAAGAGUUUUUCAGGCACAUGCUUUGCACCAACCCCGUGUGGCUCUUGUCUGUAUUAGCUGUCAGUGUGCACACUAAUCUCUGUUAAGGUUCUUUGUGGCUGUUCUACUUGUAAGAAAGUUUUCUAUUUCCUUCAGUAAUGUGUCCAGAGUACCUUGUAUUUCAAGUUCUAUUAUACUGAAAUACUUUUGUUUUAGCAGGGUCUUCCCAAAGACCUUGCCCUGAAUAGAGGUCAGUCUUCGAUGCCCCAGUGCAAGUAACAUUGCUAACUGUCACUUUCCAGUUUGUUCUCUAUUUAGAAAGACAUUUCGUAACUGCAUCUCCAUGGGCUGUAAGACUGUGUGAAGCUGUUUGUGUAGUCUCGUGUAGGUGCUGUAUUCCCAGCACCGCCUUGCUCUGAACACUGGUAAUUCCAGGUGCUGCGCUCGGCAGAGGGGUCUCGCCAAAGCGCAUGUGUGUGUGCACACGUGUGAGUGUGUGUGUCCGUGGUAUGGCCGUGCGUGGCUGCCUUGCUCGGGCAUCAGCAGGACAUUUUGUGAAUAGUUACAAUGCUUCCAAACUGGAACUCUACAUUUUGUAUCUUACUUAUAAAGCUCCUAUAAGUAAAAUAACUAUUGGCUUUAUUAAAAAAUAUACAUUUAAUAAUA